GAUAUCCGAUAGCUGCGGCGCAAGUCAUUCAAACGAAGUGAUCGGAAACGGGGAAGCGUAAACAAUAAAAUGGAAAAUAAUGUGGAUUUCAGCAGGAUUUCGUCCAAGUUGUACCAGAAAUACGCACAGCACGUGAGGAACCUGAAGGACGUGUGCGUGUCCAAGACGGUGAUGAAGCCGGGCGCCUUCUUCGACAGCCUGCAGCAGAUGAUGGAGGAGGAGGCGGCGGCUACCACGCCUGCGAAGGAUAUGGGCUCGGUGGCCGACUAUGCGGAGCUGUUCCGGACCCUGGAGGAGUACCCGUCCAACCUGCAGAGGAUGCCUAAGAAGCGGGAGCUACAGCGCACCAACUCGAUGUUCCUGCGAGGAGCGGGUGCAGCGGAGGACUCGGUGGCCAUGGCCAUGAACACCUCCAAUGUCUCGCUCAGCCUGACGCGUCUGGAGGAGCAGCGCAGUGCCGUGGACGUGUACAAUGACUUCAAGGCCUUCCAGCGGAAGCUGGCCAAGAUCUACGACGAGGCCGCCGCCCUGGACACCACGGAUUCCAUAUACAAACAGAAGCUGUCGCAGCUCCACGGUUUUGCCCAGCAGCUGGAGAAGCUCAUGCCCACCGGCGGGGAAUCUCCGCCAGAUGCCUUCACAUCCGAGGAGCAGGAGACACUAUUAGCCAUUGCCUCCAACAUGGAGCAGCUGAACUACCUGCGCUCCAACAGCCUCCAGCUGCCCAAUCCCAACGAGAUACUGGCCAAUGGAAGUCUGGCCGCCCGCCUAGAGAUGUUCGUUGAGGUGCUCACCUAUACUCUCCUCCAAAUCAGCAGCUACAACAUGGCCUUGAUUUAAGCUUUAAUCGAGCUUCAGUUGGUCAACUACGUGAAUCCACAAAUAUGAAUAUUUAAUAAAAAAUCUAAUAAAAUCGAGAUCUGUUUAAUACAAA